AUGGCGAGUAAGGACGCAAUCAUCGUCCUUUGGGUUCUAUGUGCGGUUUUACUUAUUAUUGUUAUAGUGGCAAGCAUUUAUUUACUCCGUCGCUGUCGAAGAGACAAGUAUCUUGUACAUGAAUUGGACAGUGAUUUAGAGGAUUCACAGAGACUGUUUUUAGGCUAUAGGCGUCUUACGGAGAGGGAACUGACUACUGAACCUGCCGCGGGGACGCACGUUAGUCCGUGUGUGGUUGUGCUUAAAACCAUAGCACCAUCUCCAUACGGGACCUCCGACUUGGAUAUUCUCAUCAACAUUGCAUUCCUAGACCCCAGUAUCACUACUUUGCCAGUUGGCCGCGAUGUCUCCAAUCACCGUAACAAUCAAAACGAAAAUGUGCAGCUGCUGGGCAACGAUUCACUAUACAGCGACGUCUUCUUACGCUACACACAGCCCCUCGAGUUCGUCGUACCUGGACGGUACGUCAUCCAGGCGCACACGGUGCAUCCGAAGGCCGAGACGGUAGGGAUCGUCCACCAGUUUGUGUUUGAUAUCACGAACUCGGACGAUGUGUUAGGAUCCCGUCCCCAGACAUCCCUGGGCCUCCCUUCUGCGCCCGCUUCAUCAAGAAUCAAAAACACCAUCCACAUUAACGAGUCCGCCAACACCUACGACGAUCCAAACCGCCCGAGCACCGGACGGGAUUACCUCGCGCGGGAUUCCUACACCCGUCAGCCUUCUUUGUAUUCCCCGAUGGAGGGAAGUCGCGUCCAGGCCGCGCCGCUGCCGCCGCAUAUCAUCCCCGAGAGCGGCGCGGUGACGACGCGCACCCUCAUCAACAUCGAGCCGAGCGGGGUUGUGGAGCAGCUCCGCUACAGUGUCGACGGCGGCGAGCCCACGAUGCUCUACACCGGGCCCUUUACGCUUUCCUUGCCUUUGGGUAAGCCCCAGACGGGGCGGCCGCAUCUCGUUUCCAUCCACGCCAUCGCCCUACGUGGGGAGGCGGUGAGCGAGGUCGCCAAGGCCGUCCUAGAGGUGCGGCCCGCGGAGCACUCCUACUUCGACCCGUCGAUUAGCGCUCCGUCGAUGCAGAUUCGCGCCCUCAACGCGCAGCUCUACUUUGUGGAGACCGGCAACCCCCCGGGCGCGCGCACCUGCUACGAGCUGAUCUACCAAAGUGAGGCCCGGCAAAAGGCGAAGUUUAGUGAGAAACGUUGCAUCCUAUACGACGGAAGGCCCAUUCCGCUGGGGGAAAACGUGGCGUUUGUGUACGCGUGGACCGUCGACGGGGGGAGGCUGCCGCAGCGGUCUUCUAUUGCCGACGGGGCUCCAGGGUCUGCGGCGGGAAAAGACACCUUUAGUCUUCUCAGCUCCGGCAACCCUAACGAGCUGAGCCGGUCGACCUUGGAAGGCGGCACCCACCUGCGGAGUGUGGCCACCAUCUACGACUGCGCGAGGGGUUCCGUCGAUCACCCCAACCCCAGUCGAAAGCGUCUGAGCGAUAGCGGUAAUACUGCGUCUCUGCUGCCACCACCGGUGCUAUGUGUGUCGUGCGAGGAGAUCGAAUUAGAAUUCGACGACGCCCCUGCGAACUCGGUGAUUGCAUACACCCUGAACGACAAGGAGCCGGCCUUGUUCGAUAUUACACCGCCGGCCUGUGCGGUGCCUGUGGCGAGUUCGGCCUCGAAAUCCCCCCAUCGGUCCCACCACCGCCGCCGCCGCCGCCGUCAUGACUCUUCUAGUAAUUCGGCGGAUGACCGAUUAGAAGGCGAUCCAGGCGGGCUCAACACAUUUAUAUAUCAGCCCGGCAGGCGCAUCCGAGUGACCUUGUUGGAAUCCAAAGGGGUCUACGUUACGGCGCGAAUCUUUAUGCCGGUGCACGGGGCUAGUGAGGAUCGAGUGGGCUCCGGAAAGCUAAUAGGGUAUAGAUAUGGCCACCUUUUCCGUAGAGGUUUUUUUUUCGAUGCGCAUGAAUAA